AUGGGCGGGAAGAUCACUAACGUGCUCAAGUUCCAGAGAAACCUCAAAGUGAACUUUACACUAAGUGGAGAAGCGGUGGUGCGUUGUCUUCAGGAGCUGAAUCAGGUCAGGGCCGCCCCCACAUCAUGGCUACUGCCUGACACCGUAUCGGAGGUCCUGGCCAACAGGAAUUCCUGGGCUGCGUUGCAGAGGCCGGUUGUACCAGGCAAAGGUUUGCACCGCGUUCCCGGCCAGGCCGAGGAGGCCACCCUGGGAGCCGCCUGGCCGCUGCCCCACGUCCUCACGGGGACCAGGUUCACGAGGGCCUUUCAUGCAUCACACCUGGGUCCUGAUUCCCGCCGGUCGCUUUACCUGACCAGCUGGCACGUCAGCCACGGAGCACAGCGACGCCAGACAGACAGUCCCUACAGGGGCGGCCUCGCCUGGGACAGGCAGGAUGCAGAGACGGCCCUGCCUCCACCCAGGAGGGGCACUAGGCCCUACGGUCACCAGGGAGACAGGAGCCUGCCGCCAGUGGAAACCCUUAUCCAAGACCACAGGAGGCGCCCCUUCCCUGGCAGAGUGGGCCUGACUGUGCGCCAGGUCCCAAGGCUAGGACCACGGACUGUCCGAAGGUCCCGCAGAGGGGUAGGGCCAGCGUCUGACGCCCCCAAGCCUGGGGGCCAAAGCCACACCCACUUCACCCACCGUCGGGGACUGCCUACUCGAACCCAGGUCAGCACCAAGAGAGGCAAGCGGUCAAGGAUGGCAGGGUUCCAGCGGACCCGCCCGCGGGUGCCAGGCUUGGCCCAUGAGAGAUCGAUGGGGAGCAGCCGAGCAGAGGGGUUCCUGCAUCAGCUAAGCCAGCUGGACCAAGAUGCAGACCUCCUGGACGACGAGGCUGUGGCUGCCAGGCCCCAGGCCACCCUCCUGGAGAGGCACCUGCUGGGUGGGGAGAAGCAGGCGCCCAGCACGGGGGGCGGCCCCUUCUUCUACAUCGGAGGCACUAAUGGCGCCUCAAUAGUCAGCUCCUACUGCAAGAGCAAGGGCUGGCAGCGUAUCCAGGACGGCCAGCGGGAGGAUUACACGCUCAAGUGGUGUGAGGUCAAGUGCCGGGACAGCUACUGCAGCUUCCGGGAAGGCAACCAGCUGCUGUACCAGCUUCCCAACAACAAACUCCUCACCACCAAGAUCGGGCUGCUCUGCGCCCUGCGGGAGUACUCGCGCGUCACCAACAAGAUCCACAAGGUGGCGCUGUGCGCCCAGACCAAAUCUGGAAAGGAUGCGACACCUGUCCUCCAGGAGCUCACGUGGACCAGCCCAGAACGCCUGGGGCCACAGAGGAUCCUCAAAAUGGAAGAAUUUUUCCCAGAGACCUACCGUCUGGACAUCAGGGAUGAGAGAGAGGCUUUUUUCAACCUCUUUGAUGAGACCCAGAUGUGGAUCUGCAAGCCCUCCGCCUCCAACCAGGGCAAAGGCAUUUUUCUGCUCAGGAACCAGGAGGAAGUCGCCGCCCUCCAGAUCAAGAUCCAGAGCGUCGAGGACGACCCCGUCUACCGCAAGAUGCCAUUCCGGGCGCCUCAGGCGCGGGUUGUGCAGAGGUACAUCCAGAACCCUCUGCUGCUGGACGGGAGGAAGUUUGACGUGCGCUCCUACCUGCUCAUUGCCUGUGCCAUGCCAUACAUGGUCUUCUUUGGCCAUGGCUAUGCUCGCCUCACCCUCAGCCUUUACGAUCCCCAUUCUAGAGAACUCAGCGGCCACCUGACCAACCAGUUCAUGCAGAAGAAGAACCCCCUCUAUGCGCUGCUGAAGGAUGACACAGUGUGGAGCAUGGACCACCUCAAUCACUACGUCAAUGACAAGUUCAGCAAAGCCAAGGGCCUCCCCCGAGACUGGGUCUUCACUACCUUCACGAAGCGGAUGCAACAGAUCAUGGUCCACUGCUUCCUGGCCGUCAAGUCCAAGCUGGAGUGCAAGCUGGGCUACUUUGACCUCAUUGGCUGUGACUUCUUGAUCGAUGAGAACUUCAAGGUGUGGCUGCUGGAGAUGAACUCCAACCCUGCCCUGCAUACCAACUGUGAGGUCCUGAAGGAGGUGAUUCCGGCGGUGGUGGUGGAGACACUGGACCUGGCGCUUGAGACUUUCCAGAAGAGCUUGCGUAGCCAGAAGAUGCUGCCACUGCUGUCGCAGCGACGCUUCGUGCUGUUACACAAUGGCGAGGCAGAUGUGUGGCCGUGCCUGGCGGGUUCCCGUCAUGUCCCCCGCCUGCCGCCAACCCGGCCAGCCCGCGAAUCCAGGUCUCCCGAGUCACCUUUGCUCCACGCAGCACACAGACCAGGCGCGCGCAGGCCCACGUCACCCCGGGGCCCCAGUGGUGCGCCCGGGCGGGCCCGCUCUAUGCAGGGACACCCCCGGCCACCUGGCCCAGACCGUGCCCAGGGUGGCGAGCCUGAGACCGGGGACACUGAGCAGCCGCGAGAGGGCAGCAGUGACCCGGCGUGGGUGCCUUCCUCGAGACAGGCGGAGGGGGACCACCGCAAGGAGCGCAAGAGCACGGGCCACCACGGCUCCUAGUGGCCAGCCACCAGAGCCCUCUCCGGGACCCAUAAAGGCUACUUUGUUACAGAUGCAGCCUCCACAGCUGGUCAAGUGGGCCUGCCACCUGGAACGCUGCUCUGGAGUUUCCGUGGACCCUGACGCCCUUCCCUUGGCCCCACCUGCCUCCUCCUCUGCUGGGACCUGUCCUUGGGAGGAAUAUAGGGUUGACGGAUGGGGGUGGGUCUGUCCUGCAGGAAGGGGAGAUGAACCCCCUACUCUGGAGGCUGUCUCCAUCGUGGGAACCCACCCGCUCCUGGGUUCCCUGUGUCCCUCAUCGACUGGACCCUCCUGCAGUGUCACCACCCAUGUGCCCCUACCAUUUGGCUCUGAGAUGCCCAGGAAAGGCGUCUGGUAUCCCCAUGGGUCCCCAAAGGAGGGCUGCCUCAACUCCAGAUUGUUCCUCAGACUCCCCAGUCCUUCCCCCCACUUCCAUCUCAGGCAGAGCUCCUGUCAAGGCCUUCCGGGCACCAGGGCCCUGUGCCCUGCACCCCUGCACCGUCCCAAUGGCUUGAGCUUCCCAGCAGUCUGGGUGCUACAGAGGCCUGGAGGACCUAGGCCGAGAGUGACAAGCACACAAACCAGCACCAGCCCCACCCUGCCCAUUCCCUAUCUGACCUCAGCACUGGCUCCCCACAGGCCCAUGCCCAAGGUUUCGGGGUGACUCGGAGCAUCAGAUGUGCCCAGGGCCAGCCAUGUCUCACACUCUACCCCUGCCCG